UCGACAUGUCCCACAAGAUAAGUAUAUUUAUGGCGCACAUGGGACUUUUUGGAUGGGUGGCCGGCACGUUUCACGCACUGGGAAAGCAAGAAUCGAAUUUCAAUUCAUUGCCUGAGGAGUUCCAAUCGCCGUAUUUCUACGAUCAGUUCCCCAACUACUACUAUGGGUUGCCGACUACGGAUUUUGACUAUUUUAAUACUUACGGUUACGGAUUUGGAGGAUACCCUGGCUAUCAUCCCCUGUCUUUUGGCAAUUUCGACCAGUUCGGCCAAGGCUUCGGACAAUAUCCGUUUUACGGCCAAAACCGCCAAGUAAGCAGCGGGGGAUUCAACACGGCCAACGCAUUUCGAUAUGCUUCUAAUUUCGUCAAACGGGGCGUUCCGUGUUUCCUGAAGACCAGGCUGAAGAAGCAAAGGCUGAGGUUACCCUCGUUCGCAGUCUGUUACCUGGUUAAAUCGCUGAAAUGAUUCCAGGCACGAGGCAUAUAAUUGGCCUGGGGCGAUUUACAGAACUGUACAACUCGAUCAGCCCUGGUGAAAGACGGAAAAUGACAAUGAGGAAGUGAAAAACUCUUUCGUUACGGUUUUCCUCGUUGGACAACUAAACAACA